AGGACAGCAGUCACAGAGGGAGAGACGACACUGAAAGAACUCUCAUUUAGGAGCAAAAGACCAGAAUGCUUUACACUGAGUUACUGCGGUUGUGGGAUGAGUCCGUGCAAGCUGUGGAUGUCAAAGACUGGAAAAGUGCUCUGGCCACACUCGAGCAGAUCACUGAGCCCACUUCUCGGACAUUUUUCAACACUGCCUCAGCUCACCUGGCUCUGGGACAGCUGGACCUGGCCAUGAGAGCUUUACAUUUCUGCAUCUCUAAGGAUGAACGUCUUGCUGUUGGCUUCUUCCAAAGAGCAGCCGUGAUGAUGCAGAUUAACAGGCUGGAGGAGGCGCUAUCAGACUGUAUCUGGGCACAGAAGCAUAUGAGAGGGAAUGUGGUCAUUGACUACAAACAGCUGGGACUGAGAUUCAAACUCUACAGUUGGCAGGUGUCAUACAAUGCAGCAGCUGUGUACUGUCGAAUGGGCCAGUGGGAACAGGCCACAGACGUCCUGCUGUUAGCCUCCCAAGGAGGCCGAGGUACAAACAUAGAUGCAGCUUUGGACAGCAUUGCGAAAAAAGAGGUCUUGGCUCCUCUCUUGGUGCCCGAGGGUGUGGUGUUUCGUCCCAGGAAACAGGAUGUGGAGCAGCUGCAGCAAAGAGAUUUCUUGGGGAAGCCAAAGGUGAUUUCCUCCAUGAUUCCCAAUGAUGAUUUUGGAGGUUUUGAACCUCUGAGGCUGCAGAAACCUGGUUUCUAUGAACCCAAGAUGGACGGAGCUCAGGAUUCUCGGUACAUGCGUGUGCGGAGGGCUUACAUGGCUCGGGCCCCGGGACACCUGACUGUUCCGGGAGGAGCCAUGGUGUUUUUAUUUGGAGAGGAGGACAGAGACGGGAUGACAGCUGUCAUAUAUGAUGGACAGAGAGGACUCCUGCCAGUGUCCCUGCUCGAACCUGCAGAUGUCAAGAUGUCCAGUAGCAAAAAGCAAAAUAAAGUUCCCAGUGGGAUCCCCCUCCCACCAGGGUUCAGACCCCCCACUCGGCCACAGUCCCAGAACAGCCCUGCAGCUCCUCCUCAGAGUAGAAUUCAGUCACACGCCUCCAAACCAGCACAUUUUAAUGCAGACACUCCACCGCCAUCCUACACUGCUGCCACCCACGUGCUGCCAACAGCCUCAGAACCUUCCAAGUAUGCAGCCACUGCAGCCAGCCACCAGGCCAGCUCACUUCAGGGAUCAGAGAUGGGAUCUGUGUUGGUGAAGGUCCACUACACGUACACUAUGGCUUUGUCUGUCCCUCUUAAUGCGUCAUACGAUGAAAUGAAGGAACGAAUCGCACAGAAAUUGGGCCAACCAGCAUCUCAGCUGCGCCUCAGACAUAAGCAGCAUGGCUCCCAGGUGCUGACACCUCUGCGUGGGGAAUUGGAGCCAGGCGGCACUAUGCAAGAGGUGGCUGAGGCCGGCAGAGUCACCCUGUGGUGCCAGACAGAGGACCCUCUGGCCAACCGUACCAUCCUCUACCAAAUGGUGGCGCUAUAUGAUUACGCUUCUCAGGGCUCAGAGGACCUAGAAUUUAGUGAAGGAGAUACUAUUGACAUCCUGGGAGAAGUUAAUGAAGAGUGGCUGGAGGGACACUGUGCAGGAAAUAUUGGCAUCUUCCCCCGCUGCUUUGCCUACAUGGAGGACAACAACAUCAAUCGAAGCUCAGAAUUUUAAAUGCACAUGUGCCUUUGUGUUUCUCUUACAAACCCAUUAACCUGUGAGUGGUGGCCAUUUAUAGCCUCAGAACAACCAAACAGCAACCUUGCAAGGUCUAAUGUGCAUUCGGUACUAACUAUGGUAUGAAUACAAUGUUUCUGUUGUGGCUCAGAGUACUGCUGGAAAAGUAUUUUGCUGACAAUACUUAUCAGACCUACAUGGUGAGGAGAUGGAUUUAUGGGUAACUGUAGUCACUCAGGCUUACAAAUGCACCUUAUACCCCAAAUCGCAAGCUGACUGGGUAAUUAAACUUCUUUCAGGACAUGAGAUGUGAUGAAGACAUACACACUACAUACAAAUGCAUCUCAUUUUAUUAGAAAAUGGCGUUAAAGGUUCAACGUAUUCAUCAGGCAUUGCUCAAGGGUAAAAUAUAUAUUCUCACACAUAAACUGGAAUACUUCAAGACUUUGUUUUAAUUUUUAUGCUUACAGUCAAGGAAGCCCCAAAAUCAUUCUCACAAUAUUAGAGUAGUUUAGAGGGCCACAAAUCAAUGACCCUCUAAACUCUCCCACACAAGAGCUCUCAUCAGCCAGUUAGCUCAAAAUGCCUGCCUUUAAAUUCUUAGUCUGAGUAUGCACAAACACAGCCAUGGGAAAGACUGCUGACUUGACAGCUGUCCAGAAGACAAUCACUGAAAAAGCGUACAACUUGACAGUACGUUGUCUGAAGGGGUCGGCUGUUCAGAGAGCAUUCUAUCAAAGAAUAUUAAUUGAAAGGGAACUGGAAGGAAAUGAUGCCAUAAGAAAAGGUGCAGAAGUAAAAGGGAUGACUGCAGACUUGACAAGAUGGCCAAGAGAAAGUGAAUUCCAGAAUGUGGAAGAGAUUAGAGCAGUGAACUGAAGCUGGAACCAGUGCAUCCAGAGCCACCGUAACCAACGUGUCCAGGAAAUGGACUUUGUAAAGUCUCUCCUGAACAUCCAACAACAUCAGAAGCAUCUUACCUUGGCUAAGCAAAGAACUAGAAUGUUGCUAAGUGAUCCAAAGAAAGUAAAUUUUGUAUUUAGUUCAUGAGCAGAAAGCUUUCAACGUCAAAGUUGAAACAAAUGAAGGCUUGAAAUAUUUCAGUGCAAGUGUACAGAGUCUAGAAAAUAUAUAUUUUUCUCUUUCAGCAAUUUUUGAUGCAUGAUUUCAGAUGCCUUCAGAUGAACUGCUUGGAUGAGAAUAAUUUCAACUUGUCUGUGAUACAAAACAUGCAUUUAUAUUAAACCUGCUUCCCUUUUCCUGCUUAUAUACUCUCUGGCACCACUGCAAUACUCCUGUCAUGCUCAAAUGAGGUUGGAUUUAAAAAUUUCACCAACUGUUUUUACAAUUUUUUGACAGGGUUGUAAUAAUUGGUUUGAUCUGACAUCUGUAAGGUGUGUUCAGUUUGCUGUGCUUAUCUGAUGUUAGCUGAAAAUCUGUCAUUUUAGAAAUCAUGGUGUAUUAGUUGUUUAUAGUAGUAAAUA